GAGAAAAAUAUGUUCAAUAACUUUUUCGCAUCAUUUUGCAUAAUUUAAUUUUAUUGUGUUUCCUACGCAUGAAGUAAACAAAACGGUUGUUGCUGUUCAAAGUUAUUGAUUCGGAUACGUGACCUCUUGAAUUUGCAUACCGGAAUAAUUUUUCAUUACCAUGGUAGACUGACAACGAAUUUGUACGAAAUUUGAUUUUGUAGCAGAAUGUUUCGAAGAAUUUUUUCAGGUAAAGUACAGGGUUAUUUUAUUCGUCAGUUUAGUGUUUGUGAGCUACCUCAGGAAUUACAAGACAUUCAAAAAACAUGCCGUAAUUUUGCAAACCGGGAGCUGAAACCUGUUGCUGCCGCACUGGACGCGAACAGUCGAUUUCCAGCGGAGCAAAUGAAGAAUCUUGCAGAUCUCGGCUUGAUGCGGGUCACUGUUGACACUGAAUACGGUGGAUCUAAUCUAAACAUGUUGGCCCUGUCGCUAGUCGUCGAGGAACUGUCCAGCGGAUGUGGGGCUACCGGUUCAAUUGUAUCGAUCCACAACUGUCUAUAUGCUGAUAUGCUAAAUCGGCUUGGCACAAAACAGCAGAAGGAAUUAUUCUUCGGCAAAUAUCCCCGCGAGACGAUCGGGGUUUUUGCAUUGAGCGAAAGCGAUGCCGGAUCCGAUGUGGCUGCCCUGGAUACCAUGGCGGUAAAAGAGGGCGACUGUUGGAUUUUGAAUGGCACCAAGGCAUGGGUCACCUCGGCAGCCGAGGCCAAAAGUGGCAUUGUCUUCGCUACUGUAGAUUCCGAACUGAAGCACAAAGGAAUCACUGCGUUCCUAUUAGACUUUGAUCAAGCAGCUGGAUUAAAAGUAGGAAAUCCAGAAGAUAAACUAGGUAUUCGUGCAAGUUCCACUUGCAGUUUAUACCUGGAAAAUGUACACAUUCCAGUAAAGAACGUUCUUGGGCCGAUUGGUGGUGGUUUCCGGAUAGCGAUGGAGCAAUUGGAUCGAGCACGAAUAGGUAUUGCAUCACAAGCGCUAGGCAUAGCACAGGCCGCCCUGGAAACAGCAGUACAAUAUGCCAAACAGCGAAAAGCUUUUGGUCAGUCGCUUCUCGAACUGUCCCCGGUUCGAAUGAGGAUAGCGGAAAUGGCUGUUCGAAUAGAGAGCGCUAGAUUGCUGGUACGCAAAGCAGCCUGCGAAAUUGAUAGAAAUGGAAGGGCCACUAAGGCUUGUUCGAUGGCAAAAUGGAUAGCAAGUGAGACGGCGACUUUUGCCGCCCACAAUUGUCAACAGAUACUGGGUGGGAUGGGUUAUGUAAAGAAUAUGCCUGCUGAGCGAUAUUAUAGAGAUGCACGAAUCACAGAGAUUUAUGGAGGUGUAACGGAUGUGCAGAAAGCGGUCAUAGCGGAACUUACGAUCGGAGAGAUGAACGCUUGAAGAAGCGAUGUUUCCAGGGUGAAGGUAACGUACUAUUAUUGGUUUUGAAUUUAGGGAUUAAUUAUGGGUAUAAUUCAACUGCACACAUAUGCUGUGAAAGCUACAAUUGUUUCAUGUUUUAUGAAAAAUAACAGUUAUUUUUGAGAUAG